GAGUUGACUUCUCAGUGGCAGUGGACUAGAAACCGUAAAUUGAGCGAGGAAAAUAUAGCACAUGAUUGAGAAAAGAACAAAUCUUUAUAUAAUUAUUUGUGUAAGCUUACCAUCAUCAGUCUGAUGCGAUCCAGUCAAAGAAUCACCAACUCUGGAAUGCAAUCCACCUUCCCAUCUCUUUCCCACCAGUUGAUUUCAAAAUUUUCCACUACAGGCCAUUGACUUGGGAAGUAAACUCCCCCAUUUCAAUGUGCAUGUGAAACUCUUUUUAGCACACUUGCUCACACCCACAAUUGAGCAAAGAAAUCCAACAAUGGCCAAACUAUGCCCACUUCUUCUACUCUUCUUCUUCUUCUUCUUCUCUACUUCUCUGAGCUGUCCUGAAUAUCAAAGAAAAGCUCUUCUGCAAUUCAAAUCCGGACUCAUCAAGAAUGCCAACUCUUCUUCAGAUUAUUCUUUGCUUGGCUUGGAAUCUUGGAAUUCAAGCUCAGAUUGUUGUGGGUGGGAUAGAGUUGUUUGUAGUUCUCCAUCAAAGUCACCAUCUGUGAAGGUGAUUGGCCUCCAGCUUGACUCCCUUGUCGCGUCUUUGGGGAUGGAGUCUCAGACAGUGACUUCUUCAAUGGUCUUAAAAUCACUGUCUCAAAUUAAGAGUUUGAUGUUCCUUGACAUAUCUUCAAAUAACAUACAAGGUGAAAUUUCAGCUACAGGGCUUGCCAAUUUAAGCAGGUUGGCUCAUCUUGACAUGAUGCAUAAUAACUUCAGUGGCUCCAUUCCUUCUGAGAUUUUUCAUUUGAGGUAUCUUCAAUUUCUAGAUAUGAGUAGCAACUUCUUGACUGGUAGUCUAAGCAAGGAAGUGGGUUCUCUUCAAAACUUGAAGGUAUUGAGGUUGGAAGACAAUUCACUUGGCGGAAACAUUCCUAAGGAGAUUGGGAACCUCGGAAAGUUGAAGGAGUUGUCUCUUCGAGGCAACAAUUUCUUUGGCUUCAUUCCAUCUUCUGUAUUGAAUUUGAAGGAGUUAGAAGUGUUGGACUUGAGGGAAAAUCUUUUACGUGGGGAGAUUUUUUCUGAGAUUGGAAAAUUUUCCAACAUGACCACGUUGGCCUUGAGCAACAACCGGCUGACUGGUCGGAUUCCGUCGUCAAUGCAAGAACUAAGCAGGUUGGAAACACUUAGACUGGAAAACAAUAUGCUCAUAGGAGAAAUCCCAACUUGGUUGUUUGAUAUCAAGAACCUGACCAAUUUGUUUCUUGGAAGCAAUAAUCUGACUUGGGACAACAAUGCAAAGCUGGUACCAAAGUGCAUGCUAUCUCAGUUAUCCCUGAAAUCAUGCGGUGUUAAAGGGAAAAUCCCGGACUGGAUUGCUAUGCAGAAGACUCUUGAUUGGCUGGAUUUGAGUAAGAACAUGCUUGAAGGACCGUUCCCGGAAUGGCUUGCUGAAAUGGACAUUGGCAGUAUUAUUCUCUCAGAUAACAAACUCUCUGGUUCAAUCCCACCUCGGCUUUUUCAGUCUUUAAGUUUAUCUGUCCUUGCCUUAUCGCGGAACAAUUUCUCUGGAGAGUUGCCAGCAACUAUUGGAGAUGCUAAUGAGAUAAUGGUUCUUAUGCUGGCUGAAAACAAUUUUUCCGGGCAGAUUCCAGAAUCCCUCUCCAAAAUUUAUCGGCUUCUCCUGUUGGAUCUGUCGAGGAACAGAUUUUCUGGAAGCACUUUUCCAGUUUUUGAUCCUGAUGCAUUCCUUGCUUAUGUUGAUUUAUCAGAUAAUGAGUUAUCAGGUGAGAUUCCGAUGACCUUUUCUCGAGAAACUAGAAUUCUGGCAUUGGGUAGUAAUCAGUUUUUUGGGAGCUUGCCGAAGAACCUGACCAACUUGAGCAUGCUUGAACACCUUGAUCUCCGUGACAAUGAAUUGACAGGAGACUUUCCAGCAUUUCUUUCUUGUAUAGCUACUCUGCAAGUCUUGAAUUUACAGAACAACUCCCUCCAUGGUUCAAUCCCUGAAACCAUUGUUAACCUCACCAACCUUCGAAUUCUCGAUAUCUCAAGCAACAAGCUUGUUGGUGAAAUCCCUGCAGAUUUUGGAAAUCUGGUCGGAAUGAUUGAAACGCCUGAUACUUUCUCGUCAAUCUCAGAUGUCCUCACAAUUCCGAUAGAGUUUGGUGACUUGAUAGUGAAUUGGAAGAAGUCGAGACAAGGUCUCUCAAGCCAUAGCCUUGGUAUCUACUCUUUGCUAGACUUGUCGAAGAACCAGCUUUCCGGGGAAAUUCCUGCUUUGUUAGGUGAUCUGAAAGGCCUAAAGUUACUGAAUUUUUCAUUUAACAAUUUCUCGGGUGGAAUACCGCCAAGUUUUGGUAAUCUAGAGAGUCUAGAGAGCUUGGACUUAUCGCACAAUUCAUUAUCCGGUUCCAUACCAGAAACAUUCCCAAAGCUGCAAGAACUUACCAUUUUGGAUGUGAGUAACAACAAGCUUGUUGGUAAGAUUCCGGAGGGUGGCCAGAUGGACACAAUGAAUGAUCCAAACUAUUAUGCCAACAACAGUGGGUUGUGCGGUAUGCAGAUUCGAAUGCCAUGUCCAGAAGAGCCAUCGCAAGCUGUGCCCGAAGAGGAUGAGAGUGAUCCAUGGGUAGCAUGGGAAGGAGCAGGGAUCGGUUACUUGGUUGGCCUUCUUACAGCAAUAGCAGGUCUAUAUUUCACUGGACAUUUUGUUGCAGGGACACCUCAAAAAUUCUCCUUCAGAAGAACAAAGGAUCAUCCAAACUCUGCCAUCAAUGUUGAAAGUGCAAGACGUAGGAUUAGAGCAGUCCUCUCUGAAUAAGAAAAUAAUGUCAGUAAGUAACUCUGAUAAUAACAUAUGAUCUUUCUCACCUCAAGAACCAUUAGACUAAAAAAUGAGAAGGAAAUUAGAAUAGUCUAGUAUCAGACUUGAAAUCUAUGUACCCUGGUUUACUCUAAUUUAUCCCAUUAGUGUAUUUUUUACUAUUAAGUGGAGGCAGAAACCCAAACUGGGCACAAGCUAGAAUGACAUGCCCCAUCUUCUAAUUCUGUGCAUAUUCUUCUCUAGUGUCAAUGAAGUCCAUUUUCUUUCAUUUAA